AUCGUAAUCAAACACUGUUCCCACACGGACGAAGAAGACUACAUGCCACACGCGAAGUCUUAGAACAUUUCUGGAACAUUUGCGUUCAUAAAAAAUGUAUGUGAAAAUAUUUCGUGCAUUUUCAAUAACAGUCUAUCUAUCACUAUAAUGUGUUAGUGUCAUCCAUUAACAUUAGCAGGAUAAUUUCAUAUGGAUUGAUGAAAUAAUAGAUUWGAGGAUGUCAAGGAAGUUCUGCUAUUAGCUACUGCCGUUAAUUACAGUAGUGCAAGUUAUGGCACUAUCAAAGCAAGACGACACAGMCAAUGUUGUACUCCCUGGAGAGGAACCCAAAGACGGAUUGCGAUGUCUUACCCCACCUGUCCAAAGCAAAACAUCUACUKGCAGGACUUUGAAUGAGAAAGAGAUGGAGAAACUGACAGGUGACCAGACUUUGGUGUCUGACUUCAAGCAGAUGAAGUUGGAAAAGGAGGCACAGAAAAACUGGGACUUGUUUUACAAAAGGAACACAACAAACUUUUUCAAGGAUAGGCAUUGGACCACCAGAGAGUUUGAAGAACUGAAAGUGUGCCUUGAGUUUGAAGCCCAGAAGCUGGUCCUGCUUGAAGCUGGCUGUGGGGUUGGGAACUGCAUCUUCCCACUACUGGAGGAAGACCUUAACAUCUUUGUCUAUGCCUGUGACUUCUCACCACGAGCUGUGGAGUUUGUGAAGCAACACUCCCUGUACUGYGCUGAGCGCUGCAGUGCGUUCCAGUGUGACCUGACUAAGGAUGACCUGAGGGGAAACAUCCCAGUGGGAUGUGUGGAUGUGGCCACGCUCAUAUUCGUUCUCUCAGCCAUCCACCCAGACAAGAUGCAGCAGGCUCUGGACAACAUUUACAGGGUUCUGAAGCCAGGGGGCAUCAUUCUGUUCAGGGACUAUGGUCUGUAUGACCACGCCAUGAUGAGGUUUAAGGCCGGAAACAAACUGGGAGAGAACUUCUACGUCAGACAGGAUGGUACCAGGUCUUAUUUCUUCUCCAAAGAGCUCCUAGCAGACCUGUUCAGAGGGGCGGGGUUCGAGAGUGUAACCAAUGAGUACGUGCUACGAGAAACAGUCAAUAAGAAGGAGGGGCUUUGUGUGCCCAGGGUGUUCCUUCAAAGCAAGUUCCGAAGGCCAGACCAAUUACAGGGCUCCUGAAGUCCCUUUCCUCAACAAAUGUUUGAAWCCUUCAAAGGCACAAAUGGACUGAAACCUUCAUAUAUAAAUGGAUAUCAUUGGACAAAAGCCUACACUGCCGUAUUGCUGAUUUAAGUGCCAUUUGUUUGAUUAUGCUUUUUUAUUAUUAUAACUCAGUGGUGGAAAAAGUACCCAAUUGUCAUACAUGAGUAAAA